AGAAGUCAAAAAAUCCCUUCCCGCCUGAACCGAAAUUCCGAGCAAUAAAGAACAAUCCAGAAAAACUUAAUUCAUGCAAUCCAAAAUUAGUUCCUUCUUUAAACCCUCUUCUUCUUCUUCACCCAGAUCCUCAGAUCCUCUUCCAGUUCUUGGCGAAGACAGCGAUGAUGAAAUGGCGAUCUGGGUCAAGGCGGAACACCUAUCCGUCAACACAUAUUCGCGCAAAGUUAAGAAAAUGGAUGCGCUUUUGAUUGAGGGAAAGGGCAAUGAAGCCAGUAAAGAAUCAAUCAACGAUCUACCCAAGAAAUCUGUCUCAACAAAUGGAUUGAAAGCAUCUCUAAGAGCAGAAUCUCCUCUCCCUGGAAAAGUUCUCAAUAAAAAGAGAAGCUAUGCACAGGAAUUCAAUUCAAGGGAUGACGCAAUGAAAGGGUUAUUCAUAUGUCUAAUGCUGUAUAAUGCAGUUGAUGUUGAUGGGGUUGUUUGGGAUAUGUUGUAUUUCCAGUUCCAGGAGGUAGUAAUCAUGAUGGAGAUUGAGCUUGGGGAAGGAUGGAUUUUUCAUAAGUUCUGUAAGAUGUAUCUGUUUGUCUCCGCACAGAGGGUAGUUGGCUGUCUAGUUGCCGAACCCAUAGAGGAAGCAUUCAGAGUCGUGUCAUGCUCAGUCAGUGAAAGAUGUAAUGGAGUUGAAGCAAAGAAAAGAAGAUCAAGCCCAACCACACUCCAGUUUGGAAACAUAAUCUUGCAAAGAGAAUUUGUCAAAAGAGCUCCCCAUAAUUGCUCUCAAUUACCUGAUGGUAACCACCAUGGAGCAAUUAUAUGUGGGGAAGAUGCUGUACCUGCUGCUUGCGGCGUUAGAGCAAUCUGGAUCACUCCCAGCAACAGAAGAAGAGGCAUUGCCACCCAAUUGCUUGAUGCCAUGAGGAAGAGUUUUUGUACGAGCUUUGUUCUUAGCAAAUCUCAGCUGGCAUUCUCUCAACCAACCUCAGCUGGAAAGGCAUUGGUGUUCAACUAUAUAGACACCAAAUCAUUCUUGGUGUAUCAAGCCAGCAAUUGAUUUUUAGCGGACUCACACUUUUAGGAAGAAAACAAGAUGAUUAUAUAUUCCAAAAAUGCUUUAGGCAGUCAAUUCAGUUGAUGAAUGGCUGUUUGUUUCCCCCCUCGUUUUUUACCUUCAGUACGAUAUCAAGCAUUUGCUUUCUGAGAUUGUAAUUAGAUCAGUGUUUGAAUAUCAAUAAAAACUAUCUUCUAUC